CGACUUCUAAAGCAAGAAGAAAAAAAAAUACAUAUUUACCACUGCUAGCAACAUACAAUUAUACUAGUACAAAUGUAUUGCAAUAAAAACAAACUAUGUUUGAAACAAUAAUAUCUAGGGGAGGAUAUUUAAUAAUUUGUAACAUUAAAUGAAAUACCAUUAUUUUCUACAAGGCAAUAAGCAGCAAAGUACAAAACAAAGAAGAGUUAACUAUCUCGGUGAUGUAAGUCACUUCUGUGGAAGUAUUUCUUUCUAGAAAAGGAGAAGGGGUAUAAAUUCAGGAGGCUCUGCUGAAAACCAAUACAUAUGUAAGCAGGGUCUGCAUGAGCUCUCCUCUGACACCUACAGAUGAGCUGGGGAAGACGACUUCAGGAACCAACUUUUGUUGCAUAGACAUGCCCAUUCUGCCUAUGUGUGCAGCAUCAUGGGGCUGCUUUGCCCAAAAGAUCACUUUUGGCUGGUGUUGGAUCACAAGGCACUUUGUUAUUGAGCGCAGUAGUAAUAAAGUGGUGUUAUCCUUGUUGUGUGAAUCAAGGAUAGCAGAACUGUGCUUGGCAUACCCUGAUUGAGGGACUCACCCUCAACUGAACUGCACUCGCUAUGCAGGGGACAGGAGGGCCAAAGCCCAGUUUAGUUGAGGGAGGGUGGGGACAGGUGUUUGUACCUGGUGGUGUGGGUGCCAUCUAAGAAUCCUAGCCACCGUUUGACUAGCCUCUCUCUCCACUGUGUAAUGACAGCUGAUUAUUUUGUUGUGUAUCAAUAGAGCUAAAAACACUAAUAACCAGGCCUAAACAUUUGACCUGUGAUGAGACAGAAUCUCUGGUGAAAGCAAUUGCCUAGCCUGCACUGGCAAUGAGGCUCCCACACUGAGAACAUAAAGCUGUGUUAAGUGGUAGGACCUCAAGAAAUCCUAGUAGGAGCGGCAGAGCAACGAGCGGCCAGUCAGGCGGCCAGUGCAGCUAGCGGAGUGGCCAGCUGAGCAGCCAGGGAGCAAGCAAAAUGCCUUCCUCCCUCCACCCCCAGAUGGGAGGUGAACUCAUGUGAAUGCACCUCUGAACUCUGGAUCUUCACUGACCAAGGACAACAACUGUGAGUGGGGUGCAGUGGAGGGAGAAGUAACGGGCACAUUAAAGGAACAUUUAAUUGUUGGACUUAAGAACCUGAGGCAAAAUACACUGCCCCACCUACUUGGGGGAGGGUGUUUUGCUUAUGAAUCCUGCUUGCUUAUGAAUCCUGCUGGGUUUCUUUUCCCCUUUUUUAUUAAAAUUUUCUUUUCUACACUCAGACUCUAUGCUUGCAAGAGGGGAACUAUUGCCUCUUAGAGGCACCGAGAGGAUGUUGUAUUGCUGAAAAGGAACCCCUAGACCUUGUUGCUGCCAGUUCCACAUGGCAGAAGUGUUAUACAUGCAACUACAAGUAGGAUCAGAUCAGAGCAACUCAGAACUGCCAAGAAACAAUCAGAAGAAGAGCGUGGUAGUUACUAGACAAGAUCAUUAGGAGUUUCUGAAUGUGAACAGAAAGUCACCAUUAUGGCACCGGUUGCCAGUAUCAAGGAGUCGGUCUCCAGUGAAAGGAUGCCAGUCACUGUACCCUCGACAUCGUUCCCCAGCACCUCGGGACUGCUCCCCGGGCUCACCACGGCUGGCAGGAGAAAGAGACAACGGCCCUUCCUCGGCCUUUGGACAUGGAGUCAUCUUCUUCGAGCUCUGGAGGUGCAAACCCUCCUGCGGGCAGGGGCUGUGGAACUAGUUCCUCCAGAACUGAGAGGGAAGAGGGGUUUCCUUUGAUUCCCAAGGCAAAAGAGGGCCUCUGGCCCAUCCUAGACCUGCAACGCCUCAACAAAUAUCUCAAGAAGCUGAGGUUCCAAAUGGUCUCCCUGGACCUACAUCAACCCCUCCCUGACUCCAAGGAACUGGUACAUCGCCCUUGAUUUGAAGGACAUGUAUUUCCACAUCUUCAGUUUCCGUGGACACAGGAGAUUCCUCAGAUUCGUGAUGGGUCAGAGCCAUGACCAAUUUACAGCGCUUCCCUUUGGCCUGUUGAGUUUUCACAAAGUGCAUGGCAGUAGCUGCAGCCUAUAUCAGAUGUUGAGGUAUACAGAUUUAGCCAUAUGUAGACGAUUGGUUGAUAAGAGACUGAUCACAGGCUCAGGUUCAGCAUAGUAUCAACGUCAGUCAAGCCAUCUGUCUGGCUAAGGAACUCUUAAUAAAAGGAACAAAGGUCAAAGUUCGUCCGGGUGCAGAAAAUAGCAUUUAUAGGCAGAAUUCAAUGCAUCUCAGGCCUGGACCUUCCAUCCAGAGUCCAGGUUCACAGCUAUGGAGGACCUAAUCAUCUCAGCUAACCAUGUGUGUGUACAGCUUCUAGGUCACUCUGGUGGCAUGCACCUAUGUCAUGCAGUACGCUUGACUAUACCUCAGGCCACUUCAAAUGUGGCUCACAUCGGACUACUCCCUAAGCAGACACCGUUUAGACUUGAUUCUAACCAUUCCAUCGCCAGUUCUGGCAUCCCUGAUGUGGUGGUUAGAUUCAGACUUAGUGCUGUCCGGGGUACCCUUUGCAACCCUACAGCUCAUGAUGACUUUGCAUCAGAUCAGGGGCGGGGGGCCCACGCUGGCAACAUCAAGAUCCAAGGUCUCUGGUCGCAGAGAUCUAUCAAGGCAUAUAAAUGUAAAAGAACUCAGGGCGAUACACUUGGCCUCCAAGGUGUUCCUUCUGCAACUGUCAGGCAAGUCAGUGCAGGUCUUGACGAACACCACAGUGGCAGUUUUCUAUGUCAACAAGCAAGGAGGAGCUUGCUCCAGGAUCAUUUUCCAGGAAGUCCUCAGACUCUGGGAGUUUGGGGUGAAGCAGUCCAUUCACCUGGAAGCAUCGCAUCUCUCUGAGGUCUGGAAUGGGUUAGCAUAUCACCUCAGCAGGUCCUUUUCCUCUCACCACAAGUGGUCUCUCCACCUGGAGGUUGCCGGCCUCAUCUUCCAGAGGUGGGUGACUCCCCAGGUGGACCUGUUCACCACUGCAGAGAGCAGGAAAUGCCAUUGGUUUUGUUUGAGGCUCGGUCAAGGCAAGGGCUCCCUGUCUGAUGCCUUCCUGCUAUCACGGAAGAACAACAUGCUGGACACCUUCCCCUCUGAUUCUCCUGAUUCACAAGGUCCUCCUGAAGAUCAAAGGAGACAAGGGAAGAGUUACUGUAAUUGCUCCAGCAUGGCCACAUCAACAUUGGUUCUGCAUGCUUCUAGAUCUUGCAGUGGCAGCCCCGUGGAUGCGCCCACUCAGGUUGGACCUAAUCUCACAAGAUUGCGGACAGCUUCUUCAUCCAAAGCUUGCCUCCCUGCACCUGACAGCAUGGCUGCAUCUGGACAAGAGGGCCUGCUUGGAACAAAUCCAACCGGUCUUGCUAGGUAGCAGGAAACCCUCUACCAGAGCUACCUACCUGGCUAAGUGGAAACAUUUCUCUUGCUGGGCAGCCGAGUGGAGCCUUUGCCUGACUCAGGCUUCUCUGCAGUCAAUCUUAGACUAUUUCCUUGGUCCGAAGCACCAAAGUCUAUCAUCAUCACCACUCAAGGUCCACUUGGCAGCCAUCUCAGCAUUCCACCCUCCGAUCCAAGGCAGAUCGGUCUUCGCCCAUGAGAUAACAAACAAGUUCUUCAGAGGGUUGGAAAGGCUCUACCCAUAAGUUCGCGACCCAAUUCUUCCUUGGAACUUAAAACCUGACAGUAGCAUCAUGAGACCACCUCUCUCCUCCCCUACCUACACUGAAGGCAAAAAGAAUGCUGGGAAGACAAAGACUCUGAUUGAAGAAACACUGGUCCCAAGCUGAGAAGGAAAUUCAGCCUGUGUAUUAACAACUGUAACCUACCUUCAAC